AUGAUUGUCUUUCUAUACACACUCCUCCUUUUCCAUCAGCUUCAUACAAAGGCAGAAAACACUCCUUGUCAAACAAUGGGAGACCCUAAAUACCCGCUGCUUUCCAAGGAUGGAGAUGUAACUAUUGGAGGGAUUUUUGCAAUCCACAGAAAGGAAACAUUACCUUCUUUUGAGUUUAUACAAAAACCUCAACAUCUGUUAUGCUCAAGUGUGAAUCUGAGAGAUUUUCGUCUUGCGCAAAUCAUGAUCUUCGCAAUUGAGGAAAUUAACAGAAGUGAAAGUUUGCUUCCAAAUGUUUCUAUUGGAUAUCGAAUAUAUGAUACUUGUGGAUCAAGAUUGUCUACAAUGAGUGCAACUAUUGGAGUGAUGAAUGGUCAGGAUUUUGGACCAGGAGACAGAUGCAAUGGACGGCCUCCUUUACAUGCUAUCAUAGGAGAGUCAGAAUCUUCUGCCACAGUGAUUCUGUCCAGAACUACAGGACCUUUUGAAAUUCCAGUGAUAAGUCCCUCAGCUACGUGUGAAUGUCUCAGUAAUAGGAAAGAUUACCCCUCUUUCUUCAGGACUAUUGCUAGUGAUUACCACCAGAGUAGAGCACUUGCAUACAUAGUCAAGCACUUUGGAUGGUCCUGGGUGGGAGCUGUGAACAGUGACAAUGAUUAUGGAAACAAUGGAAUGGCUGUAUUUCUUAAAAUAGCCCAGGAGGAGGGGAUUUGCAUUGAGUACUCUGUGAAAUUCUACCGCACAGAGUCAGAAAAACUAAAAAAAGUGGUAGACACAAUUAAAAAAGGCACAGCAAAAGUGAUUGUUGCAUUUGUUUCAUUUGUUGAGAUGGGCUUACUUAUUGAUCAGUUAAGUAUUCAGAAUAUUGCAGGAUUUCAAAUGAUUGGUGUGGAGUCAUGGAUAACUACAAAGAAUUACAUCACUCCAAAUAGUUUUAAUUCACUGGGAGGGUCACUUGGAUUUGCAGUGAGAAAAAAUAAUAUUGAAGGGUUUGCAGAUUAUGUUAUAAACGAAUUCUGGGAUACAGCUUUUCCAUGCUCACAGAGUGAGAUGAAUUCUUCUCAAUAUGCAUUAAUAUGCAACAGAUAUGAGGAUCUACUUGUGUUAAAAAACUACAAUGAAGAUGUAGCUGAACAAAGAUACGCAAGCAAUGUCUACAAAGCAGUUCAUGCUGUAGCUCAUUCACUACACAGUCUACUCAAGUGCAAAGAACAAGAAGGUUGUGAGAAAAGCCUGGCAAUACAACCACAGGAGGUGGUUGAUGCUCUGAAAAAUGUAAAUUUCACCAUAAAGAUGGGAGAUCAUGUGUGGUUUGACAGCACUGGUGGUGCAGUAGCCCAAUAUGAAGUUGUGAACUGGCAGCAAGACUCUGAUGGAUUAUUCCAGUUUAAAUCAGUGGGAUACUAUGAUGCCUCACUUCCCCCUCUCCAACGCUUAGUGCUUAAUACUAAAAAUAUAAUUUGGGCUGGAGGCCAGCUGAAGAAGCCAAGCUCUGUGUGCAGUGAGAGUUGCCCUCCAGGCACUAGGAAGGCUGUCCAAAAAGGAAGACCUGUCUGCUGUUAUGACUGUAUUCCAUGUGCAGAAGGAGAAAUCAGUAAUGAGACAGAUUCAAUUAACUGCAAGCAGUGUCCUGGGGAAUACUGGUCUAAUGCUGAGAAAAAUAAUUGUGUGUUAAAGAAUUUAGAGUUUCUGUCAUUCACAGAAGUUAUGGGUAUAGUGCUUGUCUUUUUCUCACUCUUUGGAAUAGGAAUAACUGUGCUUGUGGCCAUUCUAUUUUAUAGCAAGAAGGACACCCCUAUUAUUAAAGCCAACAACUCAGAGCUGAGCUUUCUGCUGCUCUUCUCGUUGACUCUUUGUUUCCUCUGUUCACUGACUUUUAUUGGACGGCCUACUGAGUUGUCCUGUAUGUUGCGUCACACAGCAUUUGGGAUCACUUUUGUCCUCUGUAUUUCCUGUGUUCUGGGAAAAACAGUAGUAGUGUUAAUGGCCUUCAAGGCUACACUUCCAGGAAGAAAUGUCAUGAAAUGGUUUGGGCCUGCACAACAACGACUCAGUGUUCUUAUCUUUACACUUAUACAGGUCCUUAUAUGUGUGCUUUGGUUAACAAUAUCACCUCCUUUUCCCUACAAAAAUAUGAAAUAUUACAAGGAAAAGAUAAUUCUUGAGUGCAAUUUGGGUUCUACUAUAGGUUUCUGGGCUGUGCUGGGUUAUAUCGGCCUACUUGCUGCCUUGUGCUUUAUUCUGUCUUUUCUGGCACGCAAGCUGCCUGAUAACUUUAAUGAAGCCAAAUUCAUUACAUUCAGUAUGCUGAUAUUCUGUGCUGUAUGGAUAACAUUUAUUCCAGCUUAUGUCAGUUCUCCUGGAAAAUUUACUGUGGCUGUGGAGAUAUUUGCUAUUUUAGCCUCAAGCUUUGGUUUACUAUUCUGCAUAUUUGCACCUAAAUGUUAUAUAAUCCUGCUUAAACCUGAACAAAAUACAAAGCAAAAUAUUAUGGGAAAAACAACAUCUAGGUCUUACUGA